AUGUCCUUAGCGGAAGGUGCUUCUGACACGGAACAUAGGCAAGAAGAAGACAAGGCAAGCCCCGUAGUGGAUAAGAAAAUCUCUGAUAAGAGACAGAUGUCAGAUUCUUACAUGUGGAAAGAGCAGAUCCACACCUUAAUGAAGGGCGGAGAGAGCGAGUCCGACAUAUCGGACUCUGAGCACUUCCUCACCAAGGGCGCCUUCCUUCUCACUCCCUCACACGGUCUCAGCAUGGAGAAGGCCUCGGCUAUUUGCGAGAAGAUGGAGUUCAAAGGUUGCUUCUCCCUUACGAAGACGGCCACUGGUAUUCUGUUCAAGUUUUCCCAUGUCGACGAUUAUCAGAUGGUCUUCAAGAAAGGUUUUCAUAAGGUCACUGGAUCGAGGUUUUAUAGAAAGAUCGCGAUUCCCUGCCGUCCGCAAAAGACCUUCACGAUCUACGUGUACGAUAUUCCGGAUGAGGUCCCGGAGGAGGAUGUGCGUCAUGCCCUCUACAAAUUCACCUCUGUUGUGGAAGUCGUUCGUUUUCACUACACCGGUUCUCCGAGGGAGGGUAAUACUGGUAACUCAACACCCAAGCCUUUGGAGAAAACGCCUCCUCGUGCUCUCACGACCAUCGACGGAGAGCUGGUUAGCAGUAUGGUGCCUAAAGAAGCGACUAGUGUAGUCCGCGUGACUCUUGCCAACAUCGAAGAAGCGAACAUCCUGCUGCAGAAUGGCCUGGACUUUUAUGGCGCUACUUAUUUCCCCACCGAGUUGGCUACACCUGCACAGGCUGCUAAACUUAUAAAACCCAGCAGAGCAUAUCGUUCCAGAGUGACUGGAGGAACGAUGUCCGCGAGGGUGCGCGAUCUUCUCCCAGUCUUCGACCAGCAGGGGUUCACUAAAUUCGCCCCGCCCGCGUCCAGACUUGUUAAACCUCGCACCAAGUGA